AUGCUCCCUCCCGCAACGCCAGUCACGCACCAUAGGGCCUCUUCGCUCGUUGACCUGAGCUCAUCUCCACAACAACCUCCGCCUUCACUCCCGGUAGCCCUGAUCGAUCUUGGCGGCGACGUGAUCUUGACCGUCGGACCGGAAGAAACCGCCGUGAGAGUCAAGGUCUCCAAGGCGCCGCUGGCCCUGGUGUCAAAGGUGUUCGCGACCCUACUGGGGCCUGCAUUCCGAGAGGGUGCAGACAUUGCGGCACUCAAAGAUAUUGCACUUCCGGACGACGAUCCGAAAGUCAUGCGAACGAUGCUGGAGAUCCUUCACAUGCGCUUCGCUGUACCCAAGACGGCGCUGCCUGGCAAGGAACUACUUGGACUGGCCAUCGUAGCGGACAAGUACGACUGCGUUCGCGCACUUCAGAUGUCCCUCGAGUCCAUAUUCCCCAAGCGUGUGGCGACACAUGGAUCCUUCGAGGAAUUGGGCGACUUGAUCAACGCCAGUUACAUCCUUGACCAUCCUCACUUGUUCGAGCAGUACACACAAGACGCUGUCAAACGUUACAGCAGACCAUACAAACAGUUCGGACAAUCUGACGUGACGCAGCAAGUGCCCGAGCAUCUCUGGUGUAUGUUGUCAUACAAAGCCGGGAACGAGUGCUUGAGCUGA